AUGGUUAUCAAGAACUACGAUGAGGAACUUAAAGCAGAGUUAGCAUUACGUCAUAGCAGGCCUUCUUCGCCAGGUCUUUGUGUUCGGUGGCUACCUCCGCAGGGGGGAAGUUGUGUUUCCGUUAAGUUAAACGUGGAUGGUGCAAUAGAUUUAAAGUAUGGUCACAGAGGAGUUGGGUUUAUUGUUCGCGAUUCGUCUGCAGCUUUGGUUGGUGGCGUGGCUAUGAAGGCUCCUGGUAUGGUUUACGUCCUCGCUACGGAGCUAUAUGCAAUCAAAAUGGGAAUUUCCUUUGCGUUGGAUGCUUAUCGGCCGUGGAAGGUGGAAGGUGGCUUGGUGGAUGAGAUUCGUACGUUGCUGGCUUCAAGACCCCUUGCUGCUGUUCACUAUGUGCAAGCAAAUAAGACGGCUCACCAGAUUGCACAGUUCAGUCUCCGUGACAGGGGUUCUUUCUUUCUAGAUGGAAUUGUGCCUCCGUGA